UAGCAGCGGCGCCAGCACGUUCAAACAGGGGAUGGCCGCCGCGUCGUGUUAGGGGCUAUUAUUUUUUAUAGUAUUGCCUUCCCAGUGAGUCCCACGGCUAGUACUCCUGCAUACUGACCCAGCACACGGCGGGCACGGCAGCGGGGCACGUGUGGGCAAGUGACAGCCUCCGGGGACACUUCCUGGACAGUACUUCUAUUUUUGUGGUGGGUGCCCUCGCUGAGCAGCGGGACAAGAUGAGGGCCAAGCUACACAAGAUGAAGCAGCAGAUCCAUGAGAGGAGGAUGGAGAACGAAAAGAAUCAGCUGGCGAAGGAAGAGGACAUGAGGAGAGUUGAAGCCAAGACGGAGGAGCUGCAGAGGUGCCAGGAGGAGAAGCUAGCUCUGAAGGCCCAGCUUGAUGCACUGGGACUCUCUCUGGCCAAGCUGGACAUAGCCAUAAAGGACACUGAGCUCAGGACCAUGGAGGUUUGUCUGAGGGAAUCUUGUCUUGUCACCGAGCGAGGAUAUCAGAACCACGAGCGAGUCUUCUGUAAUCACAUAUGAGUCUUAUAAUCACAUUCUUCUAGAGUCACAAGUGAGUUCUGUAAUAACUAAUGAGUUUUAUAAUUGGGAAUGACUUCUAUAGUGCCCUUGAGCUGCCUCCUGUGCUGUAAGAAAAACAAUGGAUUGACACACUUACCGAUGUCGUAGACCCACACUUAUUUUGGGCUGGCGUGGACUUUAGAGUAACUUGCAUGUGUGUUUUCUUUAAGGUUGUAUCAGUGACAUCUCAAGCAAUGGAC